GAGAGAGAGAGAGGGGGAGGGAGACACGUUGCGUCGAAUCGAACGAGAAUCGAUCGAGAUCCGUUCGCCACUCUUUCACCAGGAUCCGGUAUAACGUUCGUAUCGCGGAUAUCUUCGAAUAUUUCUCAGGAAGAAAGAUCGUCGCUGUUCUAACGCUGUUAUUACGGAUCAAGCUGCGAAGAAUCGAAAUCACCAAGACUAGAUCGAGGUUGGGCUGGGGGUCGGGGUCGAGGUCGAGACCCAGAUCAACAUCAAGAUCUUGGUCGAAAUCGAGGUCGUGCUUGGAUGUCGAGGGAGACAGCAGAAGAAAAUCACGAAAGAGAAUCGCUUUCUUUGACUUUUCUAUCGAUUCGAUCGACAUCGGAGACACCGAAACGAAAUGAAGCCGAUUCAAGGUGCGAUAUGGUUGCUUCCAUUGGCGGUUGGAUGUAUAGCUUUGCCGGCGCAAUUACAAGUAAAUUCGAGGAAUGCGAGCAAGACGAAGCAAAAUAAGACGGCGUCGUUGCAUUUGAGGGAGGGCGGGUCUAACGAUUCGGCAAUUAUGCCGAACGGUAGUAGGAACAUCGAUGAGAACAGCAUCGACGUUAACGUUACCGGUAACAACGACGUGGACAGCGCUAUCCUAUCGAAACCGCUUCCUCUCGGAAUUUCUGCCACUAUCGAGAGCAACGCGGUGCUCGCAUCGUCCUUACCGUCAUCGCCGUCAACCACGUCGGCAUCGACAUCGACAUCGACAUCGACAUCGAUAUCUACAUCCACUUGGACGGAUCAUCCUCUCGCAGGAAUGACAGAGUUGUCCCCAACGAGUGGUUCUUCGUCGCCGCCAAUUAGCAAAACGGAAUUUAGUUCAGCGACGACGAGCAACCGCGGAACGACCACGAGCACGAGAAUCGCGUUAAAUACCGGCGCUUCUAAUACAAGUUUGAGCGUGUUUCCUACCGAAGCUUCUUCGAGAACCAUCGCUACCAAUCGAGAUACGGCUGCCUUGCUAUCUUCCUCGAAAAAGUCCACCACGAACUCGAACGAAUUAAUUACCACACCUGCUACGGCUUGGUCGAAGGAGACGCGAGAAUCACCCGGAAAAAUUCGCCCUCAAAUUAAGCUGACGACAAACUACGCUAAUCUGUCCGAGACAGGAGUACGACUACCGGAGGGUGCGAGCGCAGCUCUGGCAAAACCGACCAAGUAUCAUUACUAUCCGCAUAAUCAGCACAUCUACUUGUUGCCAGAAUGCGCUGUUCAGCAGGUUUGCAAUGCCGUUUACGUUAGACUCAACUUCACCCAGCCUCUGUGCGCUUGUCCAGGAAGAUACCGCGACCCUUGCAGCGCCUCUCUCGACAGCGACGAUCUCCACACUACGGAGCUGGUCACCGACCCUCGAACCAAGGCCCUAACGUUGGUGAAAACGUGCGAACCAGUGGCGGAAAUGCGCGAAUGUAGAAUACCGAGGGACUGGUCUCUUCUCGCGCUACAAAACGUGCGAACGGGAAAGUCUCAUUACCUCGUGAUAUGUCGCUGUCCCGAUGCCAACAUAUUGGAGGGUCCUAUGAGUCACGAUCAACCAACGUAUGCCAGUGUACCAGGAAUUCGGGUUUACGGAAUGAUGUGCGUGCAAGGAAAUCGAAAAGGCCGACAACUGCGGUAUACCCGCGCUCUUUCAGAUCGUCUCCAACGAGAAACGGACCAAGAUUCUCACAAUGACAGGGAAAACACGAACGAACGAUUGAACUUUCCAUGGUACAAGGUACAACAACUUAUGGAUAUAGCUGUUUGGGACUAGAUUCGUUGAUUAAACGAACAACUUUCGACGAUACGAUCAGUGACAUUAUGCUUAGCGGCGUAUCCUUCUCUAUUUAUUCGUUAUAAGCGUCUCUCUCUCUCUCUCUCUCUCUCUGUCUCUGCUUCGCUUCGCCCUCAAUUUAUUUAUCGAUUCGUCUGUUUCUUACGUUUAUUUAUAUAUAUCGUACGUAUCUACUAGAUGUAUAUGUAUAUCUAUCCCUAUCGAGGCACGUUUGUAACAUCGAGUCCGACACCUUGAAACAACGACAAGAUCGUGAAGGCUGCGUGUAUCGUUGUAUCCUUUCGUGGAUACGUCUGUUAUAAUUUGGACCGUUAGAUUUGGACACGACGUGAUCCUACGUAACGAUCGAACGUAAUCAGCGUUGAAUAUUUCGUUUCUAGUAUCGUCGUCGCUCAACGUGUCACUCUCUUUCCUUAAAUCCUUAAACAAACUCGACUCGAAUUUACUUACAUCGCUACCUUCUGUAUUCCUUCUGUAGUAACAAAAAUAGUAGAAUAACACCGAACGCCAAACGUAUCGUACGACGAGCGGAAAAUUACAGGUGGUUGUCCGUUUAUCCGAUUAGAAUGACGAAUUAAUCGUACGAAUACUAUCGUCUCCAUCUGUGGUGAAUCUAUGGUGAAUCUAUGGUGAAUCUACGGUGAAACUAUGGUAAAAUUGGUAAAUUAUAAAUUAUAAAAAUUUGGUAAAAGGAAAAGGCGACUACAAGUAUUUUACUAGCUGUCAAAAUUCUUGCGCUCGCAGAAUCAUUUUAUCGUUGAUACGAUGCGCAAUUCUGUGAGAUAGACUGGCGAGCAUACAAGCAUCGAUUACAGAUUACGCGGUAACAAAAAUAUCGUAAAUCUCGUAGAGAACAUGUUGCGAACCAACAUCCCCGCCUCUUUCUAAAUCCCACGGGAACAAGCGGAUCGUGUUAAAUCGAAAGAUAUUAUUACGUCGUACUAUACGGAUCACGAUCGCGCGAAUCGUACUUCGCGUUGAGAAUUCACGUUGAGAAAGAAGUCGUGAAAGAGAUCGUGCCGAAUUAAUUGUUCCGUUUGAAAUCAUACAGAAACGAUACAAAUCGAACGAUACAAGCCAGAUUUUUUGAUAGUAAAAUGUUCUGUUAUUCAUUUUUUACCUAAUCCCUUGUACGUGUGUGUGUUUGUUUGCGUUUGCGUGUAUUUGUGUGUGUCGCCCAACGUGCAAUCUGUUUAGGU